CGCUUGUCAUGCUAGCAGGUCGUGAAACUGAACCUCAGCGUUUCUGUCGGGUCGAUCAGAUUCCGAACCGGUUCUAAGAUCCCCAGGAUGAAUAUCCAGUACGAGGACCCAGCUUUGUCCGGCAGCUACGGCGUGGUGGGCUCUUUCCCAAAGAGCUUUGGCUACGGGGGCGAGGAGCAGGAUGAUCUGGAGGAGAAAUGCCCCCCCGCAGACAAACCGAGGAUCCUGCUGAUGGGGCUGAGGAGGAGCGGCAAGUCCUCCAUCCAGAAGGUCGUUUUCCACAAGAUGUCCCCCAACGAGACUCUGUUCCUGGAGAGCACCAACAAAAUCUACAAGGACGACAUUUCCAGCAGCUCCUUCGUCAACUUCCAGAUCUGGGACUUUCCCGGCCAGGUGGACUUCUUCGACCCCACCUUCGACAGCGAGAUGAUCUUCAAAGGAACGGGUGCCCUGAUCUUCGUCAUUGACGCUCAGGACGACUACAUGGAGGCUCUGGGGCGUCUGCACCUGACAGUGUCCAGAGCCUACAAGGUGAACCCGGACAUCAACUUUGAGGUCUUCAUCCAUAAAGUGGACGGACUGUCGGACGACCACAAGAUUGAGACUCAGAGAGACAUUCACCAGAGGGCCAACGAUGACCUGGCCGACGCAAGCUUGGAGAAGCUUCACCUUAGCUUCUACCUGACAAGCAUCUACGAUCACUCCAUAUUUGAGGCCUUCAGCAAAGUCGUGCAGAAGCUCAUUCCUCAGCUGCCGACGUUGGAGAACCUCUUGAACAUCUUUAUCUCGCACUCCGCCAUCGAGAAGGCCUUCCUGUUCGACGUUGUUAGCAAGAUCUACAUCGCCACGGACAGCUCUCCCGUGGACAUGCAGUCCUACGAGCUCUGCUGUGACAUGAUCGACGUGGUCAUCGACGUUUCCUGCAUUUACGGGCUGAUGGAGGACGGCAGCGGCUGCGCCUAUGACAAAGAGUCUCUGGCCAUCAUCAAGCUGAACAACACGACUGUGCUCUACCUGAAGGAGGUCACCAAGUUCCUGGCUCUGGUCUGCAUCCUCCGAGAGGAGAGCUUCGAGAGAAAAGGUUUGAUCGACUAUAACUUUCACUGUUUCCGGAAAGCCAUCCAUGAGAUUUUUGAGGUGGGGGGGUCGUUCGAAGGUGCCGCCUGGAGACCCGCCAGUUCCUGUAGCAACCAGAUGGGCCUGAAGUACGCAGCGCUAAAUGGAAGUGCUGUUUGACGCGGCGCAGAUUUACACUUUCCACUUCUGAUUGAUCAGCUUCGGCACCAAACUCCACUGACAGUAGAAACGGAGCACUGACUUAUGAAGUUUCUCACAGACGCUGGACAGAUCUAACUGAAACUCUUCAUCUGAGUUUGACUUUGCUUGAAUGUCUGAUCACCAGCUGAUGACGUUGAGUUUUCUCACUUGCUGUGAAAAUCUCACGUGUUUUUAAUCAGUUACAGUUGAUUACUGCUGCCUGUCUCCUCACCUGUGACCAGGUUAAGUUUGGGUCAAAAAUCUUUUUUUUGUAUGUUUAAAAAUUUCUUUGAGUACUGCUGUGUUAAUUAAAAAAAUAGAUUUAUUGUUUGUAAAAUCAUACAGCUGCUUUAGAAACCACAAAAAUACCAUUUUAUUGUGUGACUGAUAGUGAUUCUUUAAUAAACAAGGUUUGAUACUGA